AUGGACUUUCUGAAGUCGGCAGUAGCUUCAGCCAUAUCCAAAGGGCCUCCAUUUCCCUACUCCUUCGGCGACCGCGUCGACCUCUCUGACUCGAUAUGGACGCUACAUAACGGGACCAGAAAGGAAGACGGUUCCAAGUGCAGCAUAUUGUCUUUCGAUGUGCAAGCCAACAAGUCACGGCUUCCCCUCGCUCGAAAUGCCGCUCGUAAACUCCGAACGCUACGACAUCCUGGCGUAAUCAAGGUCCUGGACUCUGUCGAGACGGAGCAAUACAUAUACAUCGCGACCGAGCGCCUGGUACCUCUGACGUGGCACAUCAAGAGGAAGAGCCUUGCCGAGGAAACGAUCAAGUGGGGUCUUCACAGCGUCGCGAAGACGGUGAAGUUCAUCAACGAGGAUGCAUCAUCCGUUCACGGUUCGUUGCGGGUCGCGUCCAUAUUCAUGGGCGAGAGUGGAGAGUGGAAGCUCGGCGGCUUCGAUAUUCUCAGCUCGAUGAAAGAAGACGAUGCGGUGAUAUAUCCGUUUGGGAGCCUCGUCCCCGACUCCGGGCGAUAUAGCCCUCCGGAAGUCGCGAACUCCGGAUGGGAGGCGAUCAAAAAGAAUCCGCUCACCGCCGUGGAUGCGUACAACUUCGGCAUCCUGAUUUUUGAGGUGUGUAACGGAAGUUUUAAUGGAAGAGAGCAGCUGAGCCAGUUGAAGGCUGUCCCUCCGAGCAUGCAGCAGAGCUACAGACGACUUGUCAACGCGAAUCCGAAGACUCGGAGCACGGUCGGACAAUUUCUGGACCAAGGGGAGAGGAGCGGCGGGUUCUUUCAGACGCCACUCAUUCACAUCACCGAUGCCAUCGAAAACCUGGGGCUGAAGUCUGACGAUGAGCGGGAAGAAUUCUUGGGCGAGCUCGAUGAAUUGUCCGAUGACUUUCCCGAAGAAUUCUUCAAAAUGAAAGUUCUCCCCGAACUUUUAAAAUCGGUGGAGUUCGGGGGUGGUGGUGCGAAGGUCUUCGGGAUGGUGGUGAAGAUCAGCUCUAAACUCUCGGAGGAGGAAUACGAGAUGCGAAUGAAUCCGGUUAUCGUUCGACUAUUCGGAAGCCCAGAUCGUGCCAUGAGGGUUUGUCUUUUAGACAACCUCCCUUUCAUGAUCGACCACCUGCCUCCGAAGCUUGUCAAUGACAAGAUAUUUCCUCAAAUGGUGACUGGAUUCACGGACGUGGCUCCGGUUGUCCGGGAACAGACGCUCAAAGCAGUUCUGACCAUCGUGCCAAAACUAUCUGACCGAACCGUCAACGGGGAAUUGCUCCGAUAUCUUGCGAAAACCGCCAACGACGACCAACCUGGCAUUCGAACGAACACAACGAUAUGCUUGGGCAAGCUGGCUCGAAACCUGAAUUCGAGUUCCCGCUCGAAAAUCCUCGUCGCCGCAUUUUCUCGGGCGCUUCGAGACCCGUUCAUCCAUGCCAGAAACGCAGCGCUGAUGGCACUGGCCGCAACAUCUGAUGUGUUCAGCGAGGAAGAUGGGGCAACCAAGAUCCUCCCUGCGAUAUCCCCUUCCUUAGUCGAUAAGGAGAAGCUGAUCCGAGACCAGGCGAACAAAACGCUGGAUAUUUACAUGCAAAGGAUACGCAAGUAUGCUCAGACCUUACCUGAUACCGCACUUCAGUCAACCGCUGGUACUAGCAGCUCAAAUACGCCUCGUAUCGGGAAUGAUCAAUCUGACUCGUCUUCAUGGGCUGGCUGGGCCAUCUCAUCAUUCACCAACAAGCUUACGACCGCGAGUGGCGAGAUGCAAACGGUGCCAAAUGGCGUGAGUCCAAAUGGUACCAGGCCAUCUUCAGUACCGCCUCCUGCCGAUGCACGGAAACCCUCUCCCAAUCCCCUUAAUGCCCGUGGAUUAAAUCCAUCUCAGUUGAAGAAAUCCCAUUCGUCAACCGGGUCACCCAAUCCGUUUAACGCACCUGUGGUAUCUACGCCGACGUCAGAUCAGAACUCAGUGGACGAAGACGCUAUGGAUGCCUGGGGCGAUUUCGAGGAUGAGCCGACCGAAACGAAGAAGGACACGACCGCUGACGACUUUGACAUGUUCGCUUCCAGCGCAGCUCCGCGGAAGACAUCGGCUACUAUCACGACGUACGAAGACAAAGGGGAACCUGACUUUGCGGGAUGGCUCAGUGCCCAGAAAUCUUCGAAGAAGGCCAAACCAUUGCCUACAGGGCUUAAAAAGGCGCCCGCGUCUCGAUCGGGUACAGGGACCAAAUCUACGGUCAUAGGCGGUAGUACUGUGAGGAAAAGCGUAGUUUCAUCGAAGCCUACUCCAGCACCGCAACCGAAACCCACUUCGAAGAAAGCGGAGAAGCAAGACGAUGAGGAUGAAGGUUGGGGAGAUGCAUGGGAGUGA